AUGUUGACCUAUGAUAUGUCUUGUCGGAAAGAUGAGUCCGGGAGUUACUGUGACCCGCAAUUGCUCUCCUGGUCCAACGGGUCUUGGCUAGUUAAUGGUUCUUGCUCGGAUUGUUGGCUGGGGACAUUAGAGACUCAAUUAAACAGCCCCUUAGGGUAUGAUGAGGGCGUGGCGGACAGCUUCACUUCUUUGACGUCGAGCUGCAGCGCCACGGGUUACUCAGUCACUUCCCUAACUGCGUACGCGCUUAAUGCAACUGCGACUGCAACCAGCUCGCCUGUAACCAGCACGCCAAUAACCAGCUGUGAAAACUAUUAUCAGGUGAAGGAAAUAGACGACUGUAACUCCGUGGCAAAGUCGCUGGGAGUCUCUAUAUACUACCUACUUCCCCCGAGUGGCUACUUGAAUCAGACUGCUGGUGGAUCCGACUCAAGCGCAACCGCAACUGGAGUUCAAAAAGGCGAUGAAUGUGCCAAGGUCUCUCUCGCCUAUUCUAUCUCCCUUACCGACUUCUACUUCCUGAACCCAGAAAUCGACGCAAACUGUAUAAACCUCCUGCUUGACGAGGCAUACUGUGUUAAGGCCGUUGGUUUAAUCACUAGCUACGUAAACUACACGGUGACUGGAGUAUUGCCUAUCACCGUCACGCCCGUCAACUUCACUAACGUGAAUACUGAUAUACCUACGGCCACAAGCGAUCCUGGCUAUGUGUAUACGGGAGCGGCGCUCCUUCCCACCGCUUCGGGCACUAUCCUAGACUGCUAUGACUACGAAAAUCCUUCCAACUAUACUUCUGAGUGUGUGGCGAUGGCGACAUUUUGGGGCAUUAUAAUGAAACAAAUGGUCACUUGGAAUCCAAGUCUUGUGAACAACGCAAGCACCUCAACGGAGGAUACUGAUAGUGGGCUCUGCCUUCCUAUGAAUGCUACGGAGGCUGGAACGGCAUCUAACUGCAAUUGCUUCACCUCCGUCGACCUGUCUUACUCUGACGUAUACACCUGCGACGACAUCAUUUACGAUUACAGCCUGACCAUGGACGACCUUGUGUCCUAG